AUGAAUAACAGCGAUGCUUAUAACGGUGGUGCUUAUAACAAAAUGCCCUUCAACAACAAUAGUAAUGGAAUGACGAGCAAUGGAAUUACUGCAGCACCGCCCAGACCACGUAAGACAUGCGAGCAAUGCGUGAACCUUAAUCACCAAUUAAAAAUCAAGGACACCGAAAUUCGAGCAAGAGACACUCGAAUAAGCUACCUACAAGGCCAACUGCUCGAAGGCAAAGACAAACUUUUGGCCAAAGACGCACAAUCGGAGAACUUUUUUAUGAAGCUGAGUCAGAAACAAGAAGAUCUCUUAAAACUACACGCGAAAUUCACGCAGGUUCUCGCGGACAAAGACAUACAGAUUCAACAUCUACAUCAGAAGCUGGAUAGAAAACAAGAGGAUCUCUCGGAAAAAGAAUCAGAGAUCAAGCAUUUGUUGGAAAAGUUGAAUCUUCGACCGAAAGACCUCUCGGAAAAAGAUGCAACGAUUCAGGAAAUGCACGAAAUGUUGAGUCAUAUGCAGUCGACGUUGAAUGGGUACGCGGGGACAAUGAAGACAGGAAAAAAUGAGAAUAAUAGGUUUGAACGUCCAUGGAGACUAGAAUCAGCUGACGAUGGAGCUAGAGUCAGACCGAAUGGCCCUUCUAAAAAUAUGGAAGUGUCUUGGAGAGCGAAUGGACCUGCCCGUAAAGUAAGCAGAGAUGAUGUUGAUAAUAAUAUCAGAACCAUCACAAGGGAAAAUGGCGAACCGAAUAAUCUAAUUGAUUGGUCGACUUCAAAUUUCGAAUUUCCUGAUACUGCUGUGUUCAAAUUACUUGUCUUGGAAUUAGAAUCGUCAAUGAAAGAAGACGAAAUUGCCCGCGCCUUCCAUAAUCAAUUUAAAGGAGCAAAAGCUGUCAACGUUGAAGUUCCACAAGGAAAGAGAAUUGGCAUCAUCACCGUAGAUUCAGAAGAAAAAUUGCAAGAAGCACUAGCUCGUGGGAUUUUACGAGUGCAUGGAAAACCAUUAGAGUUAAAAAGAAGGAUUGCAUCGCAAAAAUGUCGUGAACUUCAUCGUAUUAAAUAUUCAGAUGCACAACUUCUGUUAAUAUAUAAACAAAGAGAUGGACGUAAACAAAACUGCCUUGUUCCAAUUCCUGAUUCAUCUGAGAAACAAGAACUAGUAAAAACUGAUAUAGAUCUCGGUUAUGCUAUGACUGUACAUACUAGUCAAGGGAUGACACUCGAGGCUCCACAACGAGUUUGGGUUAUUGAUGAACAUUUGGCAUGGGAUAACCUAAUUUAUCUUGCAAUAGAUCAUGUAGAAUAUUUGAAUCAACUUAUGUGGAUUGAAGAACCUACUGAUCUGUCUACUGGAGGAAUCUCGGUAUGUCGCGAGGGAGUUCUACGACCACGACCAAGUCUACAAGAUGGAACAGGAACAGGACCACCUGUAGCAGGUCAGGCCACCGGAAGAGCUGAGAUAGAUGAUUUAUUUGAAACAUGCUUGACUGGUGAUGCACAAAUCUGGUAUACAAAUGAAAUCAAAGAUCGAAAUUACCAACUUGAUAAUAUUCUUGACAAUGCAACAAUAGCAAAUAUAACAGCUUUUCGAGCAUUAAAUAAUGGUAGUUUAACUGUGACAUGGCCUCUAAAUGGUCUCAAUGAUCCUAUAUCAAAUCUUGCUGGGUAUGAUGAAGAUGGCUAUGAAGUUUAG